UAAGAUACUUGAACUACAUGAUGCGCGUAUUUAAUUUUUCUGAUUAUCAACAAUGAACUUUCAUUUCGCUAUGAUUCGCCAUAACGUUACUCCUGUUUUUUUACUGUUUUGUUGUUUAGCAUUAGGAGUUCCGGUUGGCCAAGGUCAUAGCAGCACCUCACUCGUAGAAUGUUUGCCUUUCGAAGAUACCGCGGUAAUGAACGAAAUAUCCCAGUUUCAAGAAGAGGCGAGACGCCUCAAAGAAGAAAUUCAAAAUUUAAAAGCUAUUAUACAGAGAAUCAAUCAAAACGACUGUUUGACGAAAGAAAUGACCUCCGAACUCAGCACCGUGCAAGGAGAACUGGCCGAAAAACUCUGCAAAAUGAAUUCCAUAACGCGAAAAUUGGAGCGGCUGAUGGGUUUGGUCGAUCCCGGUACCGAAACGUUCGCUAAAAUGUUCGACAUGAAGCCGUUCCCGCACGACACAGUGACUUGCGUCGACUGCCCGAAAAAGAAGAAGCCGUGCGAUACGCAGUCUUGCGCCAGCGCCUGCAACGAGGAUUUGCUCCAGUGCGACAAGGAGUCUUGCGACACCGAGCCACGCAAGGGCGGCUGCGAUAGAUUCAUUUUCCCCGAGAUCGACUAUCCGGAAGAUAAACUGCCGAGGCUCAUCGUUUGCGGUAAUACCGAGGAGGACUUUCCGAAAAUCGUCGUUGCCGACAGUCGUCCGCAUAGCCGUGAAACUUGUCCAGUAAAAAAGACACAGGAGUCCGUGUGCCAGCUCGCAAAGGAAAAUACCGAGCUCGAGAGUAGCAAAUUUCAGCUUGAGCGAAAAUUAUUGGAGAAAGAUGAAGAAUUACAAAGACUACAGCGAAAAGUCUGCAGUCUCCAGGCCGAGAUGCGAGCGGUUCAGAAAAUGAACACCGACCUAAGCACUACCGUUGAUUGUCUGGUGAAAAACAAACCUCCACCCCCUUCGCCUUGUCCAAAAGCACCGUCGUGUCCUGCCGCUCCACCUUCCAGAUCUCCUUGCUUGCCUCCGAAAAAGUCCUGCGCUCAAACACCGAUGUCGGGUUGCGGCCAACCAACGCAGCAAAAGUCUCGUUGCUGUGGAGGCGGCAACGACAUGUACGAGGCACUGCGUCUACACGGCGGUGCGUCGGCAUGUUGCGGCGGCGGCGGCGGAGGAUGUGGUCCACAAAGCAAAUCCCACGGUCGUAAUAAGGGCCACGAGCGAGGAAAUAACAUCGAAGAUCACGUACAAAAUUUGUGCGAGCAGCUGUCGAAUAUCGAGUGCGAAGUGCGCAUGAUGCAGGACGAGCUUACGUGCAAACAAAACUCUCAGCAGGACCAAACGCCCUGCAAGGUAAAUUGCGAGGACCAGUCGUGUACACCGGCGGCGCCUAAGAAAUCGGCCCGGCCUUGUCCCCCGCCGCCGUGCCCGAAAGCUCCGCAAGCCGACUGCUGCGAGAGCAACCUGAGCGAGUUAAAGGAGCAAUACAAGAGACUGCAGGACGAUUACAAGAGCAAAUUGUGCGAGGUGUCGCAGCUGCGAUCCAACACGGACGAUCUGAAGCGGAACGCGCGCGAGGCCCGCGAGGAGCGCGACCGCCUCGAGGUUCAGCUCUGCGACGCUCUCGAGCGCAUUCGCAACAUAGAGGCCGAGCGCGACCGACUGCUCGGCUGCAACGAGCAAAUGAUCGAGCAAGAGCAGGCGCUGAUAAUUGCGAGGCAACGUUUCCGCGAGACGCAGGACGAGCUCGAGGAGUUGCGGACGAUGAUUCGCGAUCAAGCGCAGCAACUCGACGAUUACAGAAGCAAAUAUCUGCACGCCCAGCAGCAGGUCGAAGAACAGCGCCGACAGCUUGACCUCAUGGAGAUGGAUAACGCUCGAAUGAACGAAAACGUAACUCUGGAAAUAAAUCGGGUCAAAAAUCAAUUUCAAGAAAAACUCGCUGAACUGGCCCCGCUACCCGAAAUACUCAAGCAAACUCAGAUUAAACUUCAAGAAACUCAACAAUACAGAUUAGUUGCCGAGCACAAUUGCGAAGAUUUGUCUCGUGAUCUUCACGCAACCCAAGAUACCAUCGUCGAUCUUCAGAACAAACUAAAUAGUGCCUUAGAAGCCAACAAAGAAUUACAGGAAGAGAAGAACGACGGAGGUGGUAUAAUUGAGCAAUUGGAGGUGAAGAACGGCCAGUUGAGGACGGAAAAUGAAAGGCAGAAGAAUAAUGUGUGUCGCUUGGAGGAGCAAAACAAAACUUUGCAAAAGCGACUCGACGAAAAAACCCACGAAGUCACCCAACUCACAUCCAUGUUGGAACAGGUUCGUGAGGAUUCGGCUAGACAAGUGGCAAGGACUAAAGAGCGAUGCGAAGCCAUAAAAAAGAGCAUGCAAGGGCAGAUAAGUGACUUCGAGGUGCAGCUUGCUCAGUGCAGAGCUGCUGCAAAAACGGCUCAAAAUGAAAGGGACGAGAUACGCAAGAAGAUGCAAGGGCAAAUCUGCAACCUUAAUGAUGCCUUACAACAAGCUCAGGGCAGAAUCAGAUCUCUGCAAGGCCACGUCGAUUUUCUCAAAGUCUCGUACAGUAAUGUUUUCGGAGAUAACGAUCCAUCCGAUCAGCCUGGGUGUGGCCAAAAUGAUCAACAGCAGCAACCAGAUUGUGGACCAACAGAUGACCCAUCAGCCGGCUACGACACUUGUGAUUGUUCAUACUAACAUUAGAGACAAAACUUGACAAAAUUAUAAAAAAAUCUCUUGUGCGCCAUUCUUCACUAAGUAUU